AUGCGCUAUCCGGUUGACGCGCCAGCGACCUGCGUCGACAUCUGCGUCGGCGCGAGUCCAUACCCGACGUGCUUUACCAACACGACCGACUGCAUCCACAAGCGCCAACAGCCCGGCGACUAUGACACCUUGCUCCUCGACCAGCUCUUUCUUCCGCAGUUUUGCCGCGACUUGCUUACGGGUACAGACCCGACGCUUACGCACCGCCCCGUCGCGGCCUACCCGCUUGGUAUCCACUGCAAGAUGGCGUCGGUGCCGAGCCGCCUGUUGAUCCACGGCCUAUGGCCCAACUAUGACGGCGGGUACCCUGCGUGCUGCAAUACAAGCGCCACGACCUUGAACCGGCCGUUCAAUCCAUAUACGUGGACGACCAGGUUUCCGUCGUUGCUGGCCGACAUGAUUGACGCAUGGACAGACGCGACGCAGCUGGUGCCCAUUGACAUGACCUGCGAGCUGUGGAACCACGAGUUCCAAAAGCACGGUCUCUGCUACACCGACGCCAGCAGCGGCUACGAAGACGCCGCCGCGCGAUACUUUGCAGAUACGUUGGCGGUCGCCCAGCGCCUCUCGGCAGCAACGACAGCCAUCAACGCGGUGGCGGGAAGCGACACGCCAGUGAUGACAACUGAGACGAUCCAGAGCCUCUAUACGCACACUGUCGAGGUGCAUUGCGUGCAGCGAGACGAAUCUCUCUUCCUAUCGGCCGUUCGGAGUUGCUGGAGCAAGCCACACGGCGCGAUCGCCACGGCCGAGCAGGUCGACUGCACGAGUGCGAGCGCGCCCGACGCGUGCCCGCCCAAGACAUCGCUGUCUCUGGCGCCGUACAAAGCGCCACGGGAUGGAGCACGAAUGGACGCGCCGUGA